AGAUGGAGGAGAAGCAGAAACUUGUCGAAGUCGAGACCGUGAAGAAAUUCGCGUUCUUCGGAAUCGCAGUCUCCACUGUUGCCACUUUGACAGCUAUCGUUGCAGUCCCAAUGCUUUGCAUGUACAUGCAAAACGUUCAAUCCGGACUUCAAGAUGAGAUCAAUUUCUGCCGUACUCGUUCCGACUCUCUUCGUGGAGAAUACACCAAGCUCGAUCAAUUCCGUAAAACUGAGAGCCGUGAGAAGCGUCAAACCUACCAAUGCUGCUCUUGUGGAAUCGGACCAGCUGGAUCCGUUGGAAACCCAGGACAAGACGGAGCCCCAGGAAAUGACGGAAGACCAGGAGCCCCAGGAGCUCCAGGACCAGAUGCUCCAAAUGAUCAUGUUCAACCAACCCCCGCCGAUUUCUGCUUCGAGUGCCCACCAGGACCAGCCGGAAACGCCGGAAACCCAGGACCAAAGGGACCACCAGGACAGCCAGGAGCACCAGGAGAGCAAGGACCAAAUGGACGCCCAGGAACCCCAGGAGCCCCAGGACCACAAGGACCACCAGGAACCCCAGGACAAGACGGAACUCCAGGACAACCAGGAGCCCCAGGACAAGUCCGCACCGUCCCAGCCCCACCAGGGAACCCAGGACAGCCAGGAGAGCCAGGAGCCCAAGGACCACCAGGACCAGACGGACACCCAGGAAGCGCUGGACCACAAGGACCACCAGGACCACAAGGAGAUGCUGGACAAGACGGAGCUCCAGGAAACCCAGGAGCCCCAGGAGAGACCGGAGAGCCAGGAAAGGACGGAUCCAAGGGAUCUUGCGAUCACUGCCCACCACCAAGAACUGCUCCAGGAUAUUAAGCGCAACUUCUCCAAAAGUUUGCUUCUUAUUUUGGGUACGAGUAUCAAUGACAUCUAUCACUUCAUUCUUCCUCUUCUUGUCAUCCGACAAACCAUCUCAGACACCUCGCAUAACCUCCCUAAUUUAUUUUGAAUUCUUCUUCUUCCCUUUUUUGUCAAAAUCUUAUUUUUGUUCUGACCGACCGUUUGUCCGUACAGGGUAUACGUGAGCUUAACAGUGUAAAUAAACGAUUGAUUAUU